CCAUUCCCCAAUCCAAUCCAUCCCCUCCCUCCGUCGGCUUAAACCCUAGACCGCCGCCGCCGGUUGACAUGGAGUUCUGGGGCCUUGAGGUUAAGCCUAACCAGUCCCUCAAGGUUUCACCUGAUGAUGACCACUUCCUCCAUCUCUCCCAGGGUGCCCUUGGUGAAGUCAAGAAGGAUGACAAGGCUACCAUGUUCGUCAAGAUUGGCGACCAGAAGCUAGCCAUCGGGACCCUCUCUACUGACAAGUUCCCUCAGAUCCAGUUCGACCUCGUCUUUGAGAAGGAGUUUGAGCUCUCACACAAUUCCAAGACGUCCAGCGUCUUCUUCUCUGGCUACAAGGUUUUCCAGCCUGCCGACGGAGAUGAGAUGGAUUUUGAUUCCGAGGACGAGUCUGAGGAGGAGCAAGACACCAUCAUUCCAGCACUCACCAAGGAGAAUGGCAAACCUGGAGCCAAGGAGCAGAAGAAGCAGGUUAAGAUUGACACUGCUGCCCCUUCAAAGUCCAAGCCUGCUGCUAAGGAUGGGGGAAAAUCUAACAAGGAUGAUGACAGCGAUGAUGAUGAUGACAGUGAUGAGGAUGACAGCCAAGAUGACUCUGGUGAUGAUGGAGCAUUGAUUCCCAUGGAGGAUGAUUCUGAUGAUAGUGAGGACGGUGAUGAUUCCUCUGAUGAUAGUGAGGAUAGCUCUGAUGAGGAGGAAGAAGAAACACCCAAGAAGCAAGAGACUGGGAAGAAGAGGGCGGCUGGAAGCGUGUUGAAGACCCCUGUUACUGACAAGAAGGCCAAGAUUGCAACACCGUCAGGCCAGAAGACAGGUGACAAGAAGGGAGCUGUCCAUGUGGCGACUCCUCACCCGGCCAAGAAGGCAGGCAAGACCCCGGCUACCAGCGACAAGUCGCCCAAGUCUGGAGGGUCGGUCGCGUGCAAGUCGUGCAGCAAGACAUUCAACAGCGAGGGCGCUCUAGCUUCGCACUCCAAGGCAAAGCACGAGGCCAAGUGAAGAGGAGAGGAAGGUGUUGGCUGGCUGGCUGGCUCCAGUUGCUAUUAUUUUGAUCUGUCUGCCCUAUUGAGAUUAUUAUCGUUAUGCUGCUGUGUUAGGCUAUCUGCUAUAUCUUAUUAUGUUGUCGUACCUACCUAGCCUGAUCCUGAGGGAAGGGAAGGGAGAAACCGUUGAGCUGUUAGUGUUGAUGCGUUUGUUGUUGAAUCGAACAAAAAAGCCGCUGUGAUUCGGAAUUGGAAUUGGUUGGUGGAAUGCUAUGGUCAUCAUGGUUUUGAAUGAAUGAAUCCUGUGUGGUUUGGGACA